AUGGAUGGAAAUGAAGGAGAUAAAAAUAGAAAGAAUGAAAAUUUAUUCUGGCAUUCUAUUCCUAAAUCUAAUCAUCCCACAAAUUAUAAUUCAUUUUUUAUAACUCCUGCUAUUGGAAGACCAAUAAAACCUAAUAUUAAUACAAACAUUCCUAAUUUAAUUACUAAAUAUCCACCUAAUGAUAAUAAAAUUAUUAUUGGAACAAAAAAAAAUAGUUUAAAUGAAUCUGAGUUACAAAGUAAUAUGUUAAGGUAUCAAAAAAAUAAAUAUAAUUAUGAUACUAUGACAUCACCACCAUCAUUACGUUACACAACAUCUGACAGAACAUCAAAAGAAAAUGAUAAAUUAAUAUUAAAAAAUCCAACAUCAAAUAUACCUAUUAGUGGAAGUAGUUCAUUACCAAGAAAAGGAAUUCUUAAACGACCAGCAUCUGGUUUUAUUGAUAAACAAUCUGAUAAUCAAAAAAUACCUUCAGAUGGUAAAUUAGAACAAUCAAAUGGUAGUUGUAUGACAAGAAGUUUACCUGGAAAAUUAAUUGAUGGAAAUAAUGAUAUAUUAACUCAGGAGAAAAAUAUACGAUUUGAUGAAGUGACUAUUAAAAAUACUACUACUAAUGGUGAUAAAAAUAAAGGAUGUAAACCUAAGUUAAGUUGGAGUGAGAAAGAUGCUAUUGCAAUUUUUGGUGAUACAUCUGAUGACUAUACAACUGAAACAGAAAAUGAUCUUAAUAGUGAAAGUAAAAAAUUAAAAAAAUCUGAUUUAAGUAUUUUUUGGGAUUUAAAUAAACGUUCCAUAACUAUUCCCAGAAAACCAUCUGGUGUUAUAUCAAAAAAUAUUCCCGAUACUUUAUCAGAAACAGCUAUUCUUAGUUCUGAGGAGAGUGGUCCUGAUGAAGGACCAUCAAAAAUUAAUGAUAAUAAAAAUAAAAAAGAAGAUAAUUUAUUAGAGAGUGGUGAGAUGUCAGAUGAAGGAACAUUACAUAGUACUACAAGUACCCUUCUUGAAAAUGGUAAAGAUAAAAAAAUUGAUGAAAAAGGAAUAAAAGAAAUAUCAACAAAUAUACCAACAAUACCACCAUCAGUUAUAACAAAAAUUCCAACUAUAUCAUUGAAGGCUGAUUUUCCACCAUUACCAAAAAAUGAGGAAAGAAUUAAUAUAUUAAAAAGUAAUUCAGGAAGUCAUAUACCAUCUAUUAUACCUAAAUGUUUACCAUCAAAUAAUAUAUUAAUGAUAAGAAAGACACCUGAAACAGAGGAAGAUAUUGAUAAAUCAUCAGUUGCCAGUAGUACAGGAUCAUCAGUUAUUGCUGGUAAAUGGUGGUUUGGAAAAGAUACACGUUAUCAGUUACACUGUGAAAAGAAAGGUUGUGCUCAUAAAAAUUGUGUACAAAAAAAUGAUGAUGAUUAUUUAACACCUACACAAAGAUAUACACAAGAAAUAAAUAAAUUAAAAAAUGAUUUAAGAAAGUGUCAAAAUCAAAUCAAAGAUAAAGAUAAACAAUUAGAACAAUUACGAAGUAAAUAUAAAGAUAUAGAAAGUCUCAUAACAAAUUCUGAUAAAUUUGGUAAUCAAAAAGAAGUUCUUGAUAGAAGAGAAAAUGAGAUGAAUGAAAUGUUUAGGAGAGAGAAAAAUGAAAUAUUAGAGAAACAUGAAAUAAGAAUAAGACAACUUAUACAAGAAACAGUUGAUGCAAGAACAGAGAUGAUGAAAUAUGCAAAAAAAUUAGAUGAUCUUAGAGAUAUAAAAGAAAAUAUGGUUGAUGCUUCAGUAAAUACAGAUAAUAUUGAUUUUAUUGAUAAUAAUAAUAUACAUUUAAAUACAAAUCAAGGUGUUAUGAUUAAUUCAAGAAGAAUGUCACCAAGUUUUCCACCUGUUGAUCCUAUUGUUAAAAAUGGUGAAAAAGAUUCUUCUGAUAUUAAUGGUAGUUUUAAUACAUUAAAUCAAAAUUUAUCAUAUAAUAAUCAAAAUAUUCCUGAAGGAAUAAAUAUUCAAGAAACAUUAAAUCAAUUAGCAGCUUAUCAAAAUGAAGGAUUUAUUUGGAGAACAAAAGCAUCACAAUUAGAAAUUUGUUUAAAAGAACAAAUAUUAAAAUCAUCUAAUAAUGAAAGUAUUUUAUUAAAUAAACUUGAACUUUUACAAAUGGAAAAUGAGAGUCUUAAAGAUAAAGUUAGAAUAUUAGAGAGUGAUGAAAUUAGUGAUAAUGUUUUUGAAAAUACAAGUCAAAUUAUUUUAUCAUCAAACAAUGGUAAUUCAGGAAAUCACUUAACUGUUGAUGUUUCAUCUAAUCCAAAUUCAAGAAAUCUUUCUCCAAAUACAACAUCAGAUGGUAUAUUAAUGGGAAAUAAACUUUCUCCAUCACAUGAAUUAACACCAACACAAUUAGGUGUUAUUUCAGCAGCAGCAAUGGUACUAGGAACAGAUUGUAAAAUGAAAGAAUGUAUAGAAUAUAGAAAGAAAAUAGGAGAUGAAAAUAAAGAAUUAAAAGAAAAGGUUUCUCUCCAAAUUAAUCAACUCAAUGAUUUGACAAAUAAUUUAGAGGAUUCAAAAAAGAAUAUAAAUAAAUUAAGUAAUGAUUUAGAUUAUAUGAAGAAUAAAAAUGAACAAUUAAUAGGAAGUAUUGAGGAGAAAACUGCUGAGGUAAAUGCUACUUCAAUGACUAUAUCACGUCUCCAUGCAACUAAUGACUCACUUAAUAAAGCUGUAACAUAUUUAGAAGAAAAAUUACAAGUAUAUCAAGAUACAAUUUUAAAACAUGAUUUAUUAAUACGUGAUAAUUUUGAUAAUGCUCAUUAUGUUAAUGAUAACCCCAGUACAUGGAGAAUAGGUUUUGUUGAUAGUAAUCGAUAUUCUGUAAAUUAUUCAAAACGUAUUCAAACAGAUUUGACAGCUGAAGACUUGUCACAUCAUGAAAAUCAAUUUACUACAUUAACAGAUAAAAUACAUGAAUUAGAAAAAGAAUUUGAAUCUAAAAAUAUAAGUAUGACUGAUCGUUUUAUGGAUAUAGAAAAAAAUUUAAUAUUAAAAGCAAAUUUAGUUGAAACAUUAAGUAAACAAUUAGAUGAAAAUGCUAAAUUAAUACAAGAAGAAGAGAAAAAUAGGCAAAAAGAAAGAGACAUAUUUGAAAAUCGUAUAAAUUCACUAGCAGCAAUGGCAAAUAAAGUUCCUAUUCUUGAGAUGGAGUGUGAAAAGUUACGUGAAGCGAAAAGUUUAGGUGAAUUAAAGUAUAGAGAAUUAGAGGAUGAGUAUAAUGAUAUUUUAAGUAGAAAUCUUGAAACUAAUCUUAAUAAAAUAAAUCAAGUAGAUGUUUAUUGGAAAGAAAAGAUGUACGGGCUCGAAAAUAAAAAGAAAGUUGUUGAGGGUGACUUGGCGAAGAUUAAAAAAGAUUAUGAUAACUUAGUUUUAAGAAGUAAGGUUGAAAAAGCUGACUUAGAGGCAAAGUUGACGAGUAGUAUCACGCACACAAAUGAAUUAUUUAAAUGUAUUAAUAAAAAUACAGCAGAAAGUGAGGCACAAGUUGAACCAUCAAUGAAUUCAAAGUAUGUCUCCUGUAAACCUAAUAUGAAACAUAAACCAACUGAAAUUGGUAAAGAUGAUUUAUGGAAUGAAGAUGAAGAAAGAUUAAAGUCAAUGUUAGCUGAACUACAAAUGACAAAAAAACAAGUAAAAGUUUUACAAGAAAAAUUAAUUGAAAUAGAGAAACAUAAACGAGAAAGUGAGGAAAAAAGUUUAGGUGGUUUACAAAUUAAUGUACCAAAAAAUAUUGGAGGACUUAAAGGUAGUUCUCGUUCAACAUUAUCUCCAAAACCAUUAGAACAUAAAAGUGAAUCUUUAAUGCCAAUACCAACAAUUAGAUGUCAUUCACCUAGUGUAACAAGAAGUUUAUGUUCUGAGGUACUUUCUGGAUCAAUCAUGACAUCAUGCCGUUCAUUAUCUGCAUUCAACGACAAUAUAUGUAAAGAUAGCAUACUAGAGAAUGAUGAAAGAAUUGAAGAAUUAAUAGGAACAAAUUUAGGAUUAAAACAAAGAAUAGAAGAAUUAGAAACUGAAAAUAGUGAGUAUGCCUCGAGAGAAAAAGAAAGAAUUCAAACAUUAACGAAAGAAUUCGAAACAUUACGAGAUGAGUUAGAUGAAGAAAUUAAAAAAUAUGAAAAAGAGAAAAAAAUAAUGAAAGAAAAAAUAAUAUUUUUGGAGAAAUUUAAGGCUGAAAAUAUGGAAUUAAGAAAGAAAUGUAAAAGUUUAAGAAAAAUAUUAAAAGAACUUGGUAAAGAUAGAAUUGAUAGUAUGGAAAGUUUAUGCCCCCUUAAUCAAUCAUCAACAUUCUUGGCAAUUGAUAAAAAAAUUCAAAAAUCAAAAUCAAGUAAUGAUAUUGUUGAAGAAAAUAAUAAUAAAAUGAUUGAAAGGCAAACAUCAACUAAUAUUAUACAUAGUAGUACAAUAAAUGAGGAUGAAAAUUUAAUUGAAAUGCAAAAAUUACGUAAUAAAAAUAUGAUAUUGGAGAAAGAAUUAAUAAUAAUUAAAAAAUUAUUGGAAUCAAAUAUAAAAAAAACUUUUGUUUCAUUGUCAAAGAACGAUUUUCCUCAAAAAGCUAUAGAGGAAAUUAAUUUAGAAAAUACAAAUAUAUUGACAGAAUACUCUGAACCUGAGUACAUCAAUUUGUCAAAUGAUUUAGAUGAAGUUUGUUUUGAGUUAACUAAAUUUAUGGAAUAUAUUAUGGAUUCUGAUGGUUCUAGUAAUUUAGGUGACCAUCCACAAAAAAUUCAUGUAGCGAAAGAAAAAGUUAGUAAGUGGUUUAAUGAAAAUAUAAAAAAUAAAAAUGAAAAAGUAUUAGAAAAUGUAAAAGAUGAUAAGGAUAAUGAUAUGCAAUAUAGUUCAAUUUUAAUACAAUCACUAGCAUCACAAUUAGAUGUUGUGACAAAAAAUCUUCAUGAUGCUUAUCUUGAAUUAUCUUUAUUUAAACAAGAAAAUAAAAAUAGUAGAAAGAUGUCUGCUGGUGAAAGAGAAAAACAUGGUUUACAGAGGAGUCGUAGUCACUCUGGUAGAGGAUAUGGUUCUGAUUUUAAAAAUAAAAAUGAUUCAUUAUCUUUAGCUGGAAAAGAAUUAAAAGAAUGGAAAGAAAAAACUGGAACAAUGUUUAGAGAAUUAUAUCGCUUACGUGGUGAAUUUACUAAAGUUGAUGAAGAAAGAAGAGAAUUAAUAUAUAAUUUAAAAAUUUUAAGAGGAGAAUUAGAAAUAGAAAGAGCAAAAAGAGAAACAUUAAUUGAAAAAAUAAUGGUAAAAUUUAAUGAUAAAGAUAUUAUUGAAUCUAUUGAAAGUAUUAAAAAUAAUACUAAUUCACAAAAAUCAUUUGAUAAAUGUGCAAUUAAUAAAAGUAUAAAUAGUUUAUAUUAUAGUGUUAAUGGAGAACACUCCUUGGGUGGUAAUGAAACAGGAACAUUUAAAAGUUUAUCAAAUAAUUCUUCAAUUAAAAGAAAAGCUUUUAGUGAAAAUUCAUUUGUUUCUAAUUUUGUUUCUUGUUAUUCAUUAAAUGAUCUUGAAAGUGAUCAUGAAUCUAUAAAUGAAGAAAGUGUAGCAACACUUCUCCAAGAAAAUCGAGGAAAUAAAAAUGUACCAGUUAAACAACUAUCGUUAGGUGAACCUAUAAAAUUAAUAAAUAAAAAAAAUAUAUCAACACAAGUUAUUUCUAAAAAUAAAGUUAACAUAAAAAGAGUAUUGUCUCAGGCAGAGAGUGUUGAAAAGAUUACUAAAAGAAAUAUAGAAACAGAAUUAGAUAUUCUUAAAGAAGCACUAAAAAAACAAUCUAUACGUUUAAAAGAAAGAAUUAAACAUUUAGAAACUGAACUUGAAAAAUCAAAAGUAUCUGAAGAAGAACAAAAGUAUAUUAGAAAUAAAAUUGAGAUGCAACGAAUAGAAAAUGAGAUGUAUGAAAGAAAAGUACGUGAAUUGGAGGAAGAACGACAAAAUAUGUAUUUAGUAAUGUUUAAGAAAGGUCAAGAAGCUCAAAAAUUUGAAGGUGUUGAGAAAAAAGACAUAAGUCAGAUGACAGAAGAUAGGAUUAUUUUAAAUUUCCUUCACGAUGCAUUUUAUUAUUAUUUUGUAAAUAAAGGAGAUUCUAAGGAACAUCUACAAGCAAUUUUAACAAUGUUAAAUUUUACUCCUAAACAAAAAGAUGAUGUUUUAAGGUGUACCAGUAAAAGAAAAAGUCCAUUUUAA